UGAGCCCACGUAGACAAGGGGGGCAGUAUGGCUAUCGCGAAAGAAAGUGGCUAUUUCACCAAUUCAGACGACACGAAAAUUUUCACUCAUGUUUGGAAGAUUGAAGGAGACUGGAAGCCGAAUAGAGCUCACCAUGCACAGGAGCUAAAGACCCAACUCUGCUCAACUUGACUGUUGUGUCGGAUCCUGAGAGGUUGUACAUGCGAAAUAACAAUGCAACUGAUCUGGAGUCGUACUCCAGUCCUUGCGCAUAUGGCUGUCAUCUUGAAGUUGUAUGGCCUUCGAUGACUGGGUCUAACUCUGUAUGACCAAUUGAGUUGGGUCGCAUCUUAAGCUGUCGUGUAUGCCAAGCUUAAGACUCAAUCGUGGUUGUAUGUAUUUCACCAUAGCCAUGUCUGAGCUUCUAGUAUUGAUCGAGCAAUGAAUGCCUAUACAUAUCCGUCAGUAACCUGGUCAAGCCAUUGAACUAACCUAAUUAGGGACAGGUGUUUUGUAAGUCAUUUACAGUAUCGUGAAAUGAAUUAACUGAAGUUCCAUAAAUAUAAAAUUCUUUGUGUUAGUUCAUAAUUUGUUUGCUUGUUGAAGUUGUUUAAGCUUUAGUUUGUUUAGGUUUAUUUCUAGUCCACCCACUACAAUGCUGGCCACUUUCUUAUAAGUGAAAUAUUCUUGAUUAUGGCGCAAAACUCGAAUCAAAUAAAUGAAUAUACCACAAAAGUACUGGUUUCAAAAUAGAGAGGACAAGUUGAGCGGCCUCCCUCACCCUGGGGUUAACAUGCCAGCAAAGCUUAUUGACUGACUAAAGUGAUUGCGGCCAGUUCAUGUCCAGCUCAUGCUCAUGCUUUCUCUCAGUGGAAAGUAUGCCAUCAACCUGUGCAUGGUCGUGGAUUUCUACCAGGCUCUUUUUGGUUUCCUCCAGUUAUAAUGCUGGCUGCAGGUGUAUGAGUGUAAAAACCUUCUACACUGUAAAACACCAGUCAAAUAAAUGAAUCCAAUGCCAUUUAGGUCACUACUUUAUUGGGCAUAGAGCUAACUGAAACUUAUAUUAAACAUUAAUUGUAACAAUUGGACAUAAAAUUUUGCAGAAAAAGAUGUUUCACUAAUAUUUAUGGUUAUCCUGCCUUGUUUUUGCAAAAACAUGUUUCCGGUAAUAAUCUUCCUCUUUAAUUUGUAUUGGCCAGAAGAAUGUACAUGAUUGAGUGUCGUAGAACAGAAAGGACGGACCUGUGUACAUGUACUUCCUUUAUAGUUACAGUAGAUAGAGUGUUUGCAAUUAUUACAGAAAGCACUAUAAUUACAGUAAAUAACAUGCUGCUUGAUAAUUCAACUAAUAUCAGAUGACAUAGGAAACUGACCAUAUAGUAUGUCAUGUACAACCAUAUUACUCAGCUGUGCAGGAAUUCAGCUAGUGAGGAUAAAUACACAGUGAGUCACAAUGCAUAUUUACUGCCAUGUAAUAAAUCUCCAAUUUUCAGUUUUAUUAUAGUUUCAGGACAAGGAAAAGAAAGUUCACAUUGUACAUGAGUCUCAUUGCCUUUUAUGUUACAUUUUAGAGUAAACCUUAUGAUGUUUAUGGUUGUAAACAGGCAUGAUCAUAUCUUCCCUUUGAGCAUGCCAUCUUCUAGUUAGUCAUACCUUCAUUUGACUGUAUGAUAUGAAUUCAUGUUUGUCAUAUUUUCAUUUGUCUGUAUGACAGGAAUUAUUGGUGCAGUGACCUCAAGGAAUGAAUAACAUGCACCAGUGUCAGUAUUUUAUGUUUCAAAAUUAACUAUGACUCCUCAUAGUUAUGAUUGGUAGGCUACAGUGUUUUAAUGUUCUUGUAGAUAAUACAACCAGUUCCCCUAAAAAUUUGCAAGCUGAGUCAGCUUUAAAAAGUGAAAAAAUUGUUGACAUGUAUAUAAUAUUAGGCCAAGUGUGCAGCUUACUAGCAAGGGACUGGUGAGUAACUGCACAUUUUCAACAUCAACUUAUUGAAAAUAGCAAAUGUUUUGUUUAAAUUUUAUCCUCUUUUUAAUUUAAGCUUUGGCUAAGAACACUGCAAGACAGAUUGUCGCAUAAGUUUCUGCAUUAUACAUAGCCGCAAGUCAUGUUUUGCACCUAAAAUACAUCUUCAGUAAACAGUUUCCAUCACAAUUACAUGUGGCUUAUUUAAUAUCAAAUUCCAUAUACAUUAUAAUGCUAUAGCAGUUAGGUUAACUGCUGUUAUUUAUUGUUGCACCCAGAAAAUAUGGCCUUGGGUUUAAUUUCAAAAUAGGAUUUUUAGUAUACAAAGUCUUGUACACAGAGAUUCAAUGCAACCAACAGGUGUAAUUAUGUAAUGGCAUACAUUUUGUUCUAUUUUUUGUUGUUUUUCUUUAAUGUGUAAUUUUAUUAUUGUUUCUUCCUGUUUCAGAGCUCUUGUGUUUAUUGCCCAUGGAGUCGCAGAGCACUGUCUUUGGUACACCAAGGUGGCUGAGAUUCUUGUGAACAUCGGUUGUUUGGUCUUCUCCCAUGAUCAUGUUGGUCAUGGUCAGAGUGAAGGUGACAGAGUUCACAUUGAAACGUUUAGUACAUACAUCAGUGAUGUUUUCCAGCAUUGUGACAAGAAGAGGGACGAGUAUCCCGGGCUGCCAUUGUUCAUGAUUGGACAUUCUAUGGGUGGUGCCAUAGCUGUGAUGUGUGGACUAGAAAGAGCAAAAUACUUUGAGGGUAUUGUGUUAAUAGCUGCUGCCAUUGUGGCCAGUCCAGAAGCCUUGUCACCUUUCAGGCAAUACAUGGGGAAAUGGGUUGCUCGGAUAUGCCCACAAUUUCCAGUGAUGUGUUUAGAUAACAGUGGUGUCAGCAGAGAUGCUGCAGCGGUUGAGAGAUAUAAAAAUGACCCUCUAGUUUGGCACGGUGGUUUGAAGGCAAAAUGGGGAUUGUGCAUGCUGGAUGCCAUGAACCGCAUUCAGGAGAAUUUCGAGCAGAUUGAGUGGCCCGUCCUUAUUCUACAUGGUGAUACUGAUAAAAUAGUGGAUGUUUCAGGAGCUACUCUGAUGAAUGAAAAAAUAAGAAGCAAAGAUAAAACACUGAAGGUAUAUACUGGCUUUUAUCAUCAGUUGCAUUCCGAACCAGGAGAAGACGGCGAGCGAGUUAGACAAGACAUUAAGGAAUGGAUAGAACAACGCAUGAGUCCUGUGGUACAAAGUGAAAUAAACUGAUCUGUCAAUGUAACCCUGGACAUUGAGAACAAAGGCGUCUUGCUAGCAACCGAUAUAAGCAUGCUGUUAAAAUGGGAGAUCAUUGAAGUACCUUGAUUGUAAAAGGUUCAUCGUGAAGGGAAAACACAUAUGACAUUACUGAUAGAGAUAGAUUUCCAAGAUUAUAUAUUCUGCAAACAGUUUCGAUGGUAACAUUCGUAUUGAAAUAUCCAGAAUACCCAUAGUCUGAAUAAUGCUUUAAUGAUGAGCAUUAAAACCACAGCAGUAUAUGUGAUUCUAAGACGACAUUUUUUUCUUUUUUUUUUUUUGGUGAAUGCAAAGAAGAAUUGUUCGAACAAACUGAUAUUUUAUAAUAUUCAGUGUAUUGUAGUAGGUGAACUUUUGCAUGGGUAGUGGUGAACUUUUGCUUGGGUAGUGGUGAAUCUUUGCUUGGGUAGUGAUGAACUUUUGCUGGGGUAGUGGUGAACCUUUGCUUGGGUAGUGAUGAACUUUUGCUGGGGUAGUGAUGAACUUUUGCUUACAUAGUGGUGAACUUUUGCUGGGGUAGUGAUGAACUUUUGCUUGGGUAGUGAUGAACUUUUGCUGGGGUAGUGAUGAACUUUUGCUUGCGUGGUAGUGUAACAGUGGUGCCAUUUUGUGUGUGUACAUGUGAGGAUACAUAUAAUCAGCAAUAGAUCUGUAUAAGUAGAGAUCAAUGAGAUAUGUUUUUGUAGAUAAUAUUGUAUUUAAUUAGUGGACAUGUUUCAAAAGGAUCUUUUUCUUUUUUUUUUUUUUAUUAAACAUUAUUGAAGAUCACCUGCUUCAUUAAUCAACUUAUGAUAUCAUUUCUGUGUAUUAUAUUAAUAUUAAUAUAUAUAUAUAUACAUAUAAUGUUGAAGAAUUGGUUGUGGUUUUAUAUAUGUAUAUUGUGUACAAUUUUGUUUGAAAGUAACAAAUCUACCUCAUUUUUUAAUUUCUGUAUUGUUGUCUGGUAACCAUUGCCCCAUUUUUACGUAAAAACAUCAACAUGUAAAACUUCUGUUCUUCAUACAAUUUUAAAAAAUACAUAAUAUGAAACAUAAGGCAUAUUCACAUGUGAUCUGUUGCAAAGCAAAUUUCACUGAGGCAUUCUUAUUUCACACACUCAUGUCAAUUAAUGAAACCUUUUACCCUUCUGAAAUGUCAAUAUUCAAAGAAAGUUUGCAAAUGUCUUACACAGCUGAAAAUUUUGCCAUGAGCUUUAUCACAGUGCUUUAUUAUAUUUGUGUCGUAAGUUUUAAUACAUUGUAUCUCAAGCAAACAAAACCAACAUGUUCUGUCACAUGUGUAAUCAUUUCUGAUAUUAAUAUGUCCAUAAAAUGGAAGAACUGAAUUGUCACUAUGCAAAUCUCAAUUUCUCCAAAUCAAUGCAACGACAUGUAAUGUCAAGCUUUAAAAAUUGCUCAUGUAAAUUCCAUUAUGCGUGGUAUUCUAAUGAGGUGCGGCUCUAUUGCAUCUUCAAGAAAAUUGCAUCUUUAAGGUCUUUAAUUUAUUAAAUUGUGAACAUUAUGCCAGGAAAUGUUUAUAACGUUCAUUAGCAAUAAUCUGUAAUUAACUCAACAUUAUGCAGAAUAUGGCCUCCUAAGGGGAGAUAAUGGUCAGUUUUGGGGUGAAUUACUGGUCAAAUUGUAUAACUUGUGAUCAGUCAAACCUUUUCUCAUUAUAAUUCCACAUGUCUUUCAGAAGACAUUUGAUGAUAAAUUAGGAGGAUUAAUUGAUCUUGUUCAAAUUAAUAAGUUUACAUUUGUAAUACAUUGUGAUA